UACUUUGAAGAUGGAACUCCAAGAUCAACUUCCACGAUAUCUCUUCAAGUAGUACACGCCGAGCUUCUUGGGCCACACAGAUCCUAUGAGUAUUGUACUCCCAUCUCAAGGAAUGUCUUUAAGGGAGAUGAUGACGAUAUGAUGGCAUUCAUCCCAUAUGCGGAUGAUCCAACCUUCGACCACGUGGAUCAUACCUUGUUGUAUGGCUCCUUUGCGUGGCAGGAUGAUGAUUAUGAUCCAGAUUUAGAAGUUAUUUCUUUAGAGGCAGCCUAUCGUCUCCAUACAGUUCACAAUCUACUGUAUCGGGACACAGAUAGCACGGGGGUCCUUCCCUUCAAGUUUUUCUCAACUUCAGGCAAACCUGGACUGUUUACCCUGAGUCGUCGUCGUGACAUACUCAAAUGGAACGGGACCACCAUCCCUUGUUCCUACAGCUUUCCUUCUUCAUUUCUGUCUCACAGUAUUCUUCAACAUCGGCUUGAGCGCAGUCAUGCAUUAUUUUGUCCUAACCUCAACUGUAUCGAGCCACUGUGCUCUGUUCAUGUUGAAAUGAACCCCGUACCGCCACCCCGUGAGCAAGCUAUCCGGCUGUCAGAGCUACUGAAACGUGUAGAACACCCAUGCGAAGCUGGCUGUUUCUUGCAGAGCAGGACAGUUGAUGUACUCCCUCGCUGGAGUGAAGACGACAUCAAUUCGUUCAAGAGCAUCUUAGAUAUUGAGCCAGAUAUGAUACCUUGUGACCACGCUGAAUUAUGCUUUAAGCCUUGCCACGAGGUUCUUCAUUAUCGCAGAUUACUACAUCCAAAUUUCGACGAGCUUCAAACUGAGCGCCCAAAUAGGGAACGCAAGGGGAAGUCGCGAUCUCUAGAAUUUCGAGGUAGGGAUGAACGCAUCAACGAACCUUGUCAUCACUCUGGGCCAUGUGACGUUUUAUCUAAAUGUUUAUGUUUCAAGAACAAGGCUCAUUGCCAGCGGAACUGCCGUUGCCCCGCCAAAUGUGCUCGGAGAUGGAAAGGUUGUCGUUGUACCAAAGCACGCGACGGAAUGAGUUGUGUGCAGGUCAAGCGAUGCUCUUGCGUCGAAGCUCGACGCGAAUGUGAUCCAGAGCUUUGCGUAAAAUGCGGAUGUCGGUGCGUGAUACCGACUAUCUUUCAUGUUGCGAUUCAAACAAGUACCUGCGGGAACUCUCAAAUUCAUCAAGGUCAUUUCAAGAAACUGGAGGUCAAGGAAAGCCGUUGGGGAGUAGGUGUAUUCCUCCUCGAACCGGCCAAACAGGGCGAAUUGAUCGUGGAAUACGUCGGGGAGCUUAUCUAUGAAAUGACGUUUGAUAGCCGCGGAGAGGUUGCAAAGCAUCUUGGACGUAGUUAUGUCUUUGGUCUCAACGACUCGCUAUCCCUGGAUAGUUCGCGUGCAGGCAACGCGUCGAGGUUCAUCAACCAUUCGGGCGCUAGUGAUGCCAGUAGCGAAACGCAGUGUAAUUGUCGCGCUUUUGCGCGACUUGUGAAUGGAGAACAUCGUAUAGGAAUAUUUGCAAUCAUGAACAUUGACCCUGGAGCCGAGGUCCUCAUUGAUUAUGGCCCAGAAUUCUUCCCGAUGCAAAAGGAUGGAGAGGCCUCCCGUUCAAAUUAAUCUGAUUAUUAUCAAACAACAGUUCGUACUUUAAAACGCCACAGGCAAUGUGCUUAAUUCUGGUUCAGUAUUGGACAACCCUAAAUUAUUUGUAACAUUCGUGCUCAUACGAUCAAUAUGGAUGCAACACCACACCGACACCUUC